UUGUCCCGAGUUGAGGUUCACGUACAUUUUCCCAGUCGGUUACAAAUUAUUCCGAUUAUUCCGACGCUACAUGAAUGCAGCAAACCUAGCAGCCAGGAAGUGACACUGACAGAGCCUUUCUAAGAUCCCGUCUACUGUCGGUAGGUAAAUGUUCCGGUUUUGGCACGGCACUAAAACAACUCGAGUGAAACUAUCGGGUUUAAUCUGUAGAAACAUGUCGGGAAUGCCCACUCAAUGUGGCGCGGCGGACGUUAAAAACAACAGGUCGAUUCACUCGGACAGCCUCGACGAGGUCCAUAACGUCCCGAUGGAAGUGAUCAUCAGACCGAUUCCUCCGGUGCUGGAUGAGCUGAAAGUUGAAGGUCUGAUGAAAACAAUAAAGGAGACAGGAGACAUCAGUGUUGUUCCUCCCAUCGAUGUGCUCUGGAUCAAAGGCAGAGAGGGGGGAAAUUACUACUACUCUUUUGGAGGCUGUCACAGGUUCGCUGCGUAUCAGAGGUUGAACAUGUCGACCAUCCCAGCCAAGCUCAUCAAAUCAAACGUCUCGGACCUCAGCACUUACUUGGGAGCUUCGACGCCUGAUCUGCGGUGAUGCUGGAGCAGCAGUUUUCAGAGACUUGGCUCAGUGUCCCAGUACACUGUGGCAGUGAGCCAGCAUGUGCAAUACCAGGACCCUGGAACUGAAGCAGCUUAAUGGAAUUCAGCUAUCAUUCUUUUUUUUUUUACUUACACGUGCUUUUCCUUGCGGUGACAUGUCAAAAUGUGUUCUAUGAAAAAAAAGGCUUAUUGAAUCCACCAGUGGCUUUCCUUCAAGUACACCUUUGGAGCUCGUUCUACUGAGCUCUGGGAAAAGAUUUAAAUGUUGUCACACAUUGGAGUUAUUUUCGUCUGAAAUUACAUCAAAAGGUGCCUGUAGUCAGUCUCUUUUUUUUUGUGGCACUAGUGCUAAUUUAAAAAAAAUCAAAUGGUGCGGAGCUGCUUUGUGUCUACAUCAGAAUGUGAGGAGGAAAUGUGCAUUAUUUCAAUAACUAAAACGAGCCUGUAAAAGUACUAAUAAUUAAGUAGGACCAAAUGUUGCAACAAGGUAUCAAAACUGUAUAAAAUCUUAUGCACUGUCAACUUUGAUUGUGAUGUUUCAGACAGCACAUGAAGGUAAUAGAGAGGAGCCUGUAGAGCAGAUGGUUUGCAGAAUGACUCAGGUGUUAGAAGAACAUCAGGCUGACGUCUUGUGUCAAAAUGCAAGAUGUUGUUGAGUCUUGCCAAGUCUUUCUUACUUACUCGUCGUCUCUGGAUCCCUCAUGUCAUCUUCCAGUCUUGCUGCUGUCGUCCAGGUCCGUUCAUAUAAGAACCUACCUAAACCAAAAUCUUUUCUCACUUCCUUAAAGUACCAUCAGAUGAAAUCAUUUUACAAUUUUUUGUAAAAAGAAGCUGAUUGUUGGCUGUCCCUGAUGCUUUAAGAGUACACGUGUUCCACUUACAGUAAAUAACAUAUAGAAGCCUUUUGCCUUCCUUAAACAUGUAAAACAAUGACGAUAAUGGUUUGUUCUGCUGUGAUGAAUAAUCUUAAGGUACAUGUUUGUUGUUGGUAUCGGACUUGAGACAGGGCCCGGCUUAUUAAAUCAAGUCAGUUCCCUUUCCCCUCUGUCUUGGAGGAAGGAACUGUAGGUUUGCAGAAUAAUGUAAGUAAAAUAUACACGCAGGGCAUUGCAGAGAAACGAGGCCUUUUCCGACGUCAGCGCCUUCACAAUGCGAGCUCCGAGCUGCUUGAUGGUCUCCCUUUGUGGCCAUCGAGGAAAUGAAGGGAGACCUGAGGGCAGCUUUUACCGACCGGCCCUAAAGGACUCUAAAUUUCUCCUCUGAAUCGUCGCGUGUGAGAAGACUUCCUGUGGCUCGCUCACUGUCUGGAAGUAACUAUAUCCUCAAAGGGUUUCUGACACGCAAUACCGGUAUGAAAAAAAUAUAUUGCACCUGUUGCUCCGUGGAGCAGUUUCCAUGGGUGGUUCUGUACGCUUUUAUCUUUGAGGAUUUAAACAGAUCAAGGAGGUUUAGGGGUCUAAGAAGAGGAAGUGUUUGUGGCCAUUUUCUUUUUUACAAAUGGUUUGUGGCUGUGGCAAUUCUCAUAUACUUUCUUGCAGUCUGUUGUUGUAUUGCUCAGUGAUGACUUAAUAAAAUUAACUUGUGGUGACUACUUUGUGUUUCGAUGAGAUUUGGUGAAGCUCUAAGAAGGGUUUGAUUUCCUCUGCUCAGUAUAGUUUCUCUCCUGCAACAUCACUACAAAACAAGAUUAUUUGUAAUUGCUGUAACCAAGAACAAUAUGACUAAUUAAGAAAGAAUAUAAAACAGUGCUGAUUGAUAUUGAAUUGUUUUGUUUUUUUUAUGUGCAAAAAGUUCAAAUAGUUCUAGUCGUUCUAAAAUGUUUUGCCCUUUUGAAUGGUAUUUUGAGGGACCCUUUGAGGGGCUCUAAGCAGCAACGUGUUAUGUGCAUGAUGUGGACAACAUAUUAUACGUAGAUUAAGUGCUUAAAUUCAAUUUUGGAGAUAGAGAGAGGAUCACUCAUUCCUGUCCAUGCACUCACUACACUGUCUGCGGUGACAUUGUUUUUACUUUUGGCAUCCCACCAAAUUGUUUUACCUAUGUGUUGCGUGGUACCAGUGUUGUACACAUUUAAAAGAUGAAUUGCUCUAUUAGUUUUUACUGUAACCAGGUUGGAAAUAAUAGGCUGUGCAUUGAAACAGAUGAAUUUACCAGUUGUUUAAAAUUUUACAAGCCUGCUUUUUCUUCUUCUUUUUUUCAUCAUGGCAGAUUUCUCUAGGGAUUUAUAAUUGUUUUAAAGGUGAUAAAAGAUUGCUAGAGAGAGCCUUUCCCUAUGUCUUCUAAUCACUGCUGAGUCUAUAAAAUGAUCCAGUGGCAGAAUAAAACUACCUUACAAGAUCUUAUUCAUUUGAUUCUGGCUGUCCUGUAGAGUAUGUCUACAUUUAAAAUACAGCUAAAAAAACAAUCUCUGGUUAGCCAGCGCACCCAUUUGUUCCACUUGGGGAGGCACUACAACCAAAUCCUCUUGAAAGAGUGUGUGGUGUUUGAGCCGAUGAGGACUUCUUACAGCUUCCUAUCCGGAAUUCCCUCCACGACUACUGGUGGCUGCUGCAGGCGUGUAAUUUGUGCCAGAUUUGCAAUGCCGGAUCCGCCCUCUGACCCCCGCACUGUGUGCUCUGUGCAGUGGCGGAAGAAGUAUUCCGAUCCUUUACUUAAGUAGAAGUACUAACCCUACACUGUAAACAUUGAAAAUGCUACUUAAGUAAAAGUAUGUAAGUAUGAUGUAAUGUACUCAAAGGAUUGAAAGUACUCAAUGCAGAAAAAUGCCCCAUGUGACUGUCAAACAGUUAUAUAUUAUAUCAUUAGAUUAUUAUUUCUCGUGCAUUAAUAUGAAACCAGGAUUGUACUGUUGUGGUUUUUUGAGGUGGAGCUAAUUUUUAACUGUUUAUUACUCUAACUAAUGAUUAUUAUCAUUAUGGAAUAAAUCUGCUGAUUAUUUCUCGAUUAAUCGAUUGACAGUUUAAAUUGGUAAAAACUCUGAAAAUAGUGAGAAACGCCACCACAGAUACUCAGAGCCCAAAGUGACACCCUCACAAUGUUUGUUUUGUCCAACCAACAGUCUAAACCUCAAAAUGAUUAAAAUGCAUUUAAACAUCUACAAGGAAAUCCUCAAAUUUUAAAAGUUGUAACCAUGAAA